AUGUCUGAUCGCUUUACCCACAUCAUUAAUGGUUUCAAAGCCCUUGGGAAGAUCUAUCUCAACAAGGAGAUGGUGAAGAAGAUGUUGAAUAGUCUCCCAAAGUCUUGGGAACCUAAAGUGACAGUAAUAAAAGAAUCAAAGGAUCUCAACUUACUCUCACUUGAUGAGCUCAUGGGUUCCUUGUUGACUUAUGAAAUGAAGAUCAACCACAAUGCACAAGAAAUCAAAGAAGCUCCAAAGAAAGUGGGAUUUUCCUUCAAAUCAAAAACUCGUAAGAAAGAUGAAGGCUCUAGUAAUGAUGAAGAGGAGGCGGAGAUGGUUAAAUUUGAUUGCCCACAAUUGAAGAAGAAAAGGGCAUUAAAACAAAAGAAGAAAGUCAUGAUGGCAACUUGGAGUGAUAUCAAUUCAUCCAAUAGUGAUGAGGACAAUGAAGUUGCCAACCUAUGUCUUAUGGCUAUUGAUAAACCAAAGGAGGAAGAACAUUGCUUCAAGGUAAGCAAAUCUAAGAAGAACUCAUGGUACCUUGAUAGUGGAUGCUCUAGACACAUGACCGGUGAAGAAAGCUAUUUCAUGGAACUAAUGCCAAAGAAUGGAGGAAAAGCUACAUUUGGUGACAACUCCAAAGGGCUUAUUGAAGAUAUUGGUUCUAUAGAUAUAAAUUCUUCCAUUCUCAUUAAAAGUGUGCUUUAUGUCAAUGGUCUUAAGCAUAACCUGCUUAGCAUUAGUCAACUUUGUGACAAGGGAUUCAAAGUAAUAUUUGAGUCUAAUGGGUGCAAAGUUGUAGAUAUUUCUGACAUUAGGGAUGCUAUGGGAAAGGCCAGCAGUGAUAGACAUUUAACACUGUUUGCAUUUGCUGUAUACGGGUUGAUUGUGUUUCCAAAAGCUUUCGGAUAUGUGAGUGUGGAGCUAGCUGAUUUUCUGUUUCAGAUUGGAAAAGGGGUGAAUCCUGCUCCAGCAGUCUUAGCUGAAACCAUCAUUUCAAUCAAUUUCAUUAGAAGGAAAUGA